AUGUCCGGCGUACCAUACAAUACCUAUCACGGUCAGGAUUCCGGUCCGCCUCCACCCUACACCGGCAUAGCAUUCCCAAUGGGUUACGCAUCACCGCCAUACGGGUACGCCGACCCUUAUUCUAAUGCAAGCUAUGGACCACCAGGUUUCGUAGCUCCUCAGUAUCACUUCCCCGGUACCUAUCCAGCACCCCCUCCCGCCGAUAAAAGCGGUAUGCCUGGCGUCCACGUCCAAAACCAAUUCGGCGGCAUCGGUCUUCCCCCAGGCUACAACUACCUCUUCCCCACCACCCACUGUCUCGUCCACGUAUUCGUAACGGGCUCAACACCCCCUUGGCAAGCAAACUCCCCGCUGCAUACUUACGAUGGAACCAAUCAUCGAAAAUUCUUUAUUCCGGCUACUAUGACGGUUAAGGAAAUGAUGCAGCAGCUGGGUUGUAGUAAUGAGGAUGCGGAUAAGAAUGUAAUGACGGAAGUUCAGGAAGUGGGGAAUGGGAAGUGGACAAAGGGGAUGGUUUUUAAGGGCGGGAAUAAGGAUAGGAUGAAGAUGACUUUGAAGGAUUUGGGGUGGGAUACGGGGAGGAAGAGGACGGGGUUGCCCGGGCAGUCGCCUUUGAUUUGGGUUUAUAUUACGGGGGAUUAG